AUGGACUCCAGGAAACAUUGGCCCAGCGGAUUUGAGCGGUCUGGUGGUGUGGUGUUGUGCUGCGGUGGGGCGGCCAUCGGCCGGACGCUGGUGGACGCGGCCCAGCCCCUGCCCGCCCGGUUCCGAGCCCUCUUCACCCUGCGCAACCUGGACGGCCAGGCGGCCGUGGAGUGGAUCGGCCGGGACUUCGAGGACGGCUCUGCGCUGCUGAAGCACGAGCUGGCCUACUGCCUGGGCCAGAUGCAGGAUGAAGCAGCCAUCCCAGUGCUCGUCCAGGUGCUGGAGGACACCGGCCAGGAGCCCAUGGUCAGACACGAGGCGGGUGAAGCCCUGGGUGCUAUCGGCAAUCCCAAUGUGCUGGAUAUCCUGAAACGCUAUUCAGAGGAUCCUGUGGUUGAGGUGGCGGAAACAUGUCAGCUGGCAGUGAGGAGGCUGGAGUGGCUGCAGGAGAACAAGCAGGAGCCGGGUGCCAGCCCCUACCUCUCUGUGGAUCCUGCUCCCCCUGCCGAGGAGACUGACGUCACCAAACUCCGCGAAACCCUCCUGGAUGAGUCACGCACACUAUUUGACCGCUACAGGGCCAUGUUUGCCCUGCGAAACCUGGGGGGCCAGGCAGCCGUUCUGGCACUGGCGGACGGACUGCGCACUGGCAGUGCCCUCUUCCGCCAUGAGAUUGGCUACGUGCUGGGCCAGAUGCAGGAUGAGGCCUGUGUCCCACAGCUGACGGCCGCGCUGCGCAACCGUACCGAGAGCCCCAUGGUGCGCCACGAGUGUGCCGAGGCCCUGGGCUCCAUCGCCCGCCCCUCCUGCCUGGAGACCCUGCGUGCCUUCGCCCGCGAUGAGGAGCGGGUGGUGCGGGAGAGCUGCGAAGUGGCGCUGGACAUGUAUGAGUAUGAGAAUGGCACCCAGUUCCAGUACGCUGAUGGGCUGUGCAAGCUGCAGGCCUCCGCCUGA